CCUGCCAGUCCUCACGAUGUUGCUCCAUACAGACAUAACGCUCGGAGACAGUCAAAUCUCUAGCUGUGAGUACGAGUAGUCGCUUACAUAACUCACAGAGCUUGUAUGCUGUAUGUUCUCAAGGAGUGGCGAUCUGUGUUUCGUGUUAAUGUGUAUAUCCAGGAGGAUUAUGAACCAGAGAGACGUUUGUGAUCAUCUUGAUGUCUUGGAUCACGUCCAUACACAUCUUGAUACUGGGUAAAAUCGGUGCCACCAUUUCCACCAUCCAAUCAUAAACGUGAGCUAUCGUGUCAACUCAACAAUGGCAGGGAACUCAACACAAGAAAUGACAACAGUAAUGUUUGAUUUGGACAUGACGGAGAACGGUACAAACUCAACUCUCAAUGGCACAGAUGGAGGUAUUCGUCCACCAAUGCCAUCCUUUGAUCUGGAAACUAUUCUCAACUCGUAUGUAGAGUACCGAUGGUCGAGAUACCUUGGUAUCUACUGUUACCCUAUUCUUGUUGUGCUUGGAACUAUAGGCAAUGUGCUAAGUUUUAUUGUGAUGACUAGGAAAACGAUGCUGAGAUCGUCCACCUGCUACUACAUGGCCGUGUUGGCAGUUGCCGAUACUAUGGUUCUGUAUUUCGGUUGUCUCCGGAAGUGGUUCGCUUACCUCACUGGAUGGGAUGCUCUCAUACUGAGUCCAGCAGCUUGCAAAAUAUUCAACUUUCUCACGUACUGGAGUUUUGACUUUGCAGCUUGGAUACUGGUUGCCAUGACAGUGGAACGCUACAUUGCCAUACACUUUCCAUUCACUGUAACUAAACAUGCAACUAUCCCCCGAGCUAAAGUUGUGUCCAUUUUUCUCGGAGUGAUUUUCGUGGGGAUCAACGCUCACUUCUUUGCAACAGUGACCAUCAGUGAUAGGGGAUACUGCAGCUCUCAGGAAGAAUACAUCCGAUUCAAUGAUUAUGUGUUUCCAUGGAUAGAUGCAGCCUUGUACUCCUUCAUUCCCUUCAUCGUUCUGCUUGUGUUCAACAUCCUUAUCAUCCUCGACAGCAGGAAAGCCAUUAAGCGACAACAAACUCUUCAAGCAUCAUCACUGAAUAACACAAAUACCUUUACCAUCCGUUCAAACUCACGUCUAACGGUGAUGCUUCUGUCAGUGUCCUUGACCUUCCUUGUGGCCUCUGCACCAAAAGCUGCUCUAAUUAUCAUAAAGCCGUACACUUUCGACUUCUACGAUGGCCCUUUGGUUGACUUCCAUCUACUAUCGAAGUACACGCUGACGGCUUCGGUGAUGAACUUCUUAACGUAUGGCAACCAUGCCAUAAACUUCUUACUGUACUGCAUCAAUGGACAGAAGUUCCGCAGCGAGUUGAAACGACUCAUAUAUGUGUGCACUCACAGGAAACAACGAAGAAGAAUAGCCUCACUGCAGAUUGAGAUGGGGGAUGGUGUCAGAAGGAACUCGACUUGCACUGACUUGGUCAUGAAGUCAAUGCCUGACUCAAUCACAACCAUUAGGGAUCCUCAAGUCAGUGAACCAUAAAGUUAAACACAUGGGACAUAAAAGGGGAUCAAGUGUGAAAUCAGCUUCACUAGAAGCACUUAUAAAAUCUCCAAUAUGAUCAAGGUGACAAAUAUUUGUUCAACCCAACUGGAUGACAACAAAUGUGACCAAAAGGUGAUCAGGUGCAAAAAAUCAGACACACUAGAAGCACUCACAAACUCAAUAUGAUCAAGGUGACAAAUAUUCUCCACCCAACCGUUACACUGGAUCAUAACACAAGGAUACAGACAUGUGAUGAAAAGGUGAUCAAGUGCAAAAUCAGGUUCACCUGAAACAUUCAUAAAAUCUCCAACAUCAUCAAGGUGACAUUUGCCAAGGACACCACCGAACUCAGAACUACUUUACUGUGGUGAGACAAUGUAAUGUGGGUUACAGCACCAGAGCAGUAAGAUUACUGUGGAAUGAGACCUUGAUCCUGUUUGUUUGUUGUUUAACACCGCACUCAGCAAUAUUCCAGCUACAUGAUGGAGGUCUGUAAAUAAUCGAGUCUGGACAGACAAUCCACUGAUUGAUA